GUCUACCUACGUUUCCGGUGCAUUACAGAAUUACUUGUUAUGUUACGCACUGGAAUUGUAUAUAAAUAAACGAUUUCAAUGAAUAUUGUGAGUUUUCGAAGGAUGGUGAUAUAUUUUACACGAUCUUGUGCUGUAUUUUGAGAUGUUUUGGACGAUUGAACAAUAGACAGAGUUGUGAUUAUGGUCAAUGUUUAACGUGGAGAUUGGAAAUGAUGAAUCCGGCAUAACCUUUAUUUUUUCUAACCAUAACAUAACGAUAUUAUUUCAAGUGUUACUUUGGCUUUUUUUUACAUCAGCGAUUGUCGGUUAAAGUUUAAUAGAUAAAAGAGAGCUUCAGUUAAAAAAUCAAGAUGAAGAUAAGUGUCGAUGGGUUAAUCGUAUAUUUUCCAUACGAUUAUAUUUAUCCAGAGCAGUAUGCUUAUAUGUUGGAGCUGAAGAAAGGCUUAGAUGCCAGGGGACAUUGUCUACUGGAGAUGCCCUCGGGGACAGGGAAAACUGUCACUCUACUAUCAUUGAUAGUCGCUUACAUGCUGGAGAACCCCCUAGCUGUGACCAAGUUAAUUUACUGCUCCCGUACAGUCCCUGAGAUUGAAAAAGUUAUUGAAGAGUUGAAGACACUUAUGGAUUAUUAUGAAAAGGAGACGAAGAGUAAACCCAAGAUGGUUGGAGUGGUACUAUCUUCGCGUAAAAAUAUGUGUAUACAUCCCGAGGUGAGCCGAGAGCGAGAAGGCAAAAUCGUGGAUGGUCGCUGUCACUCGUUGACCGCCUCCUACGUUCGCGCCCGUCACAACUACGACGACACGACCCCGAUCUGUAAUUACUUCGAGGGCUUUGACAUGGAAGGUCGGGAGCGCAUGAUGCCUCCUGGUAUCUACUCCAUAGACGAUCUCAAAGAUUACGGACGAGAUCGCAACUGGUGCCCGUAUUUUCUCACCAGGUUCACAAUUCUCCAUGCCCAGAUAAUCGUCUACAGCUACCAUUACCUGCUCGACCCAAAGAUAGCUGAUGUUGUCUCCAAAGAAUUGACGAAAACUUCGGUCGUCGUAUUCGACGAGGCCCACAAUAUUGACAACGUCUGCAUCGAUUCCAUGAGUGUGAAAAUCAAUCGUCGAACCAUGGACAAGUGUACCGCAAACAUCCAACUUCUGGAGAAGACAGUCGCAGAGAUGAGAAAUGAGGAUGCAAAUAAACUCAAAGAAGAGUACCGACGACUGGUGGAGGGCCUCAAGGAUGCCCAAGUAGCCAGGGAGACAGACGUGAUUCUGGCUAAUCCAAUUCUCCCCAACGAAGUCCUCCAGGAGGUUAUCCCAGGAAACAUCAGGAACGCCGAACACUUUGUCAGCUUUCUAAAACGUUUCGUUGAAUAUCUGAAGACAAGACUCAGAGUCCAACACGUGGUGCAGGAGUCUCCCUCAAUUUUCCUCCACGAUAUUCAGACGAAAGUCUGCAUUGAGCGAAAGCCUCUCAGAUUUUGUGCUGAACGGCUGUCCUCGUUACUGAGAACAAUGGAGAUCACAGACUUGACUGAUUUUUCCCCUUUGGUACUUGUCACUCAUCUGGCGACUUUAGUCUCUACUUACACCAGUGGAUUCACUAUUAUUGUCGAGCCCUUCGAUGAUAAAACCCCCACAGUUUUGAAUCCUGUUCUACAUUUCAGCUGUAUGGAUUCUUCUAUUGCUAUGAAACCUAUUUUUGAUAGAUUUCAAUCUGUCAUCAUUACUUCGGGAACUUUAUCACCGCUGGAUAUGUAUCCGAAGAUUCUCAAUUUCCAUCCUGUUAUUAUGUCAUCCUUUACGAUGACCUUGGCUAGGCCCUGUUUGUUGCCCAUGAUUGUCGCAAAAGGAAACGAUCAAGUCGCUAUUUCAUCCAAGUACGAAACGAGGGAUGAUGUUGCUGUCAUCAGAAACUAUGGGCAACUGUUGGUGGAGUUCUCGUCGACUGUGCCCGAUGGACUUGUCUGCUUCUUCACCUCAUAUCUUUACAUGGAAUCGGUGAUUGCAGCUUGGUAUGACCAGGGGGUUGUUGAUCAACUACAAAGGCACAAGUUGUUGUUUAUUGAGACCCAGGACUCUGCUGAAACGAGCCUGGCUUUGAUUAAUUAUAUCAAAGCAUGUGAAAAUGGAAGGGGUGCGGUAUUGCUAUCUGUAGCCAGGGGCAAGGUAUCGGAAGGAGUUGAUUUCGAUCAUCAUCUUGGGAGGGCUGUCCUCAUGUUUGGCAUUCCCUAUGUUUAUACACAGUCUAGGAUACUGAAGGCCAGGUUGGAGUACUUGAGAGAUCAGUUUCAGAUACGAGAAAAUGAUUUUUUGACCUUCGAUGCUAUGAGACACGCAGCGCAGUGUGUAGGUCGUGCGAUCAGGGGAAAAACUGAUUAUGGAAUAAUGGUGUUUGCUGAUAAAAGAUUCGCAAGGGCGGACAAACGAAUGAAACUUCCUAAAUGGAUUCAGGAACACCUUUCGGAUAAUUUAUGUAAUUUAUCUACUGAGGAAGCUAUUCAGAUAUCAAAAAGAUGGCUGAGACAAAUGGCCCAGCCAUUCAAUCGAGAAGACCAACUGGGUCUGUCGUUAUUAACUAAAGAACAACUGGAAAAAGACCUGAACAAUAAAAUUCAAGAGAAAGCUCAACAAAAUUGAUACCAGUGGCAUUUUUGUGAUAUAAAAACGUAUUUAAUUACAAAAUAUUGAUCGAUAGUUUUAUACAGUUAUUUUAUCAUUAAAUAAAAAAAUAAUACCAAUAAGAAUGA